AUUGCUAGGGCCUGGAAAGAAAUGUCAUCAUUCAGUGUUCAAUGGCGAUUUUGUGUAUUUGUGGCGCAAUCCUGAAAUAAAAUGAUAUUUCCAUGAUAGAGGAUGCCGUGUGAAAAUUGCAGUGCCCAAUUCUCAGUCUUCAAGAUCAAGCGUUCCUGUUCAGAGUGCAGACGUCUCUAUUGCAAACAAUGCCUGGUGAAGAAGAAGGAUAGAUUUCUCUGUGAAAGAUGCGUCAUCUUCACCACAAGACCACUCUCGAGGGUGGAUUUGCUUCAGCUCAAACCCAAGGAUUUGAUCUUCUACUGCCAGAGCAAGCAUAUCUCCACAAUUGGAUGCGUGGAGAAAGAAGAAUUGGUAGACUUGGUCCUGGCUCAUGGGAAUUCUACUCAGGAUGCCAGUCAGAGGGGCAGGACCUCGAUGGAGAGUGGAAAUAGGGAUAUAAAUGAUGAGGACAAUUGUACCAAUCCAUUUGAUCAGAUCAAACAAACAUGCCAGAAUUUCUUCAAUAGCGUCGCCGAGAGGAUCAAUAAUGACUUCAACUUUGACCUAAAGACUUCUUCAUCCUUCUCACCGCGCCAGCAGCCAAGUCCACCACGACAGAGUGCUCCAAUUGUAACGGAUGUUCGAAGUGGAGGUUCUCCUGCUUCGGAAGUCUUCUCCUCCAGCUACACUUCUAGUCACCCAGCCAGUUCCUCGGCCUCUCUCACGUCCGAGCACAGUCGCAAAGGCGCCCCUAAGCCGUCCGGACACGCCAGGAGUCAGAGUGUGGACAAAACGAAGGAUGAACUCAGUGAUUUGCACGAGUUCGAGGUCAUUCAGUCCACCAGUGACCUCACGCCAGACGCAGGCCCAGGGACUAGCCGAGGGGGUGGUCUGAGGUCGAAGCAGAAGACUGGCAUUGCCAAUUCGGACAGUUCGUCGUCAUUUGAGGAACUGGGAGCCGUUGGUGGAAGUGAUUCUUUCAGUGCUGUGACCAAUAAUGAUAAGAGCAACUCGGAGACGCUGCACAUCAGCAAUGACUUGGAUGGGCAGAUGACAUCGUCCAGUGAGGGUGUUCAGGAGAAUGGUCGAAGGGAAAAGGCAAAUUCGGCCGAAUGUAGCUUUAAUGUAAGAGAACUUGAGGCUCUCCGUGGUGCAAUUUAUGCUACGAGAAGUCAUCCAUGUGGCGAGGGAAUGUCCCUAUCGACUAGCAUCGAUUCCACACCAGUCCAUAGAUCUCGACGUCUCAUCCGGAGGCGUUCGGAUAGUUACAUCAUUGAUACGGGAGUCAUUGAGCGUGAUAUUUCGGCCAUGUUUGAGGAUGAGAGUUCGAGGAAGCGUUCGAGAACUUCGUCUCAGCGAAGUGGGAAGGAAAGGGAGGUCCUUCGGGGAAAAUUGGCACAAUUUAAGAAUGAAAUGGCAGCUUUGGGACUCAGUGAUGCCAGUGUUCAGGAGCAAUUGGAUGCUGUGUUGAAGUAUUUGGAGGAGAGAAAGUUGUCGUCAACUCUGGAACCUUCAACGUCUGCCGUUAGUCCGCCAUGGGAGAUCCAGGCUGAAAGGGAAGAAAUUGGAGAAUUUGUGGCUUCCACAAGUGACAAUGAUGGUAUUCAUGUCUAUCCUAUGGGCGAAACUGAGAUUUUCGAUGGGAUUCCAGUGAUUAAUGUGGAGAAACAGGCUAAUUCUGGAGAUCUCCAUGCCAGAAGAUACACAAGACUCGAUGACAUCACCUCAAGUGCUGAGCUGGAGAAGUUGUCAGUGAAGCAACUCAAGGAGAUCCUAAUGCUCAAUCGGGUGGAUUUUAAGGGGUGCUGCGAGAAGAAUGAACUCCUGGAGCGUGUUACACGGCUGUGGAAUGAUCAUCGAACAUAUCCAUCCGUUGAUAAGCUCCAGCCGGACGAUCUGUGCAAGAUCUGCAUGGAUGCGCCUAUUGAGUGCGUUAUCCUCGAGUGUGGACACAUGGCUACGUGCACAAAUUGCGGCAAAAUUCUCCAUGAGUGUCCCAUUUGCCGACAAUACAUUGUUAGAGUUGUUAGAUUUUUUAAGGCGUAAGCACAUGUGCAAAUUAAAUUCUCCGUGUUUCUUGACGUUCUAACGCGCGCUCUGGAGAUGCUUAACAGUGGAGGAAAUUCUUAUUGCCAUUCACUUGUCUAUUUUUUUUUUUUUCAAAUAUUUUUAUAUUGAAUUUAUCAGUGAUUAUGGGCAACGCACAUUUGGUUUUGUUUUGUCAACAAAUGUUUGAAAUUUCAGCGAGUGUGAAAGAGGUGAAAGACCUCUCUCUAGUCAUCUCGCUUACACGCAAAGGUAUGCAAACCGAUUAGAAAAUAAAAAAAUGCGUAUAUCAUUUUUUUUUUUAAAAUUCUUUGUAAAAAAAAAACAAGUGAAAUUUUGAAAAAAAAAUGAAUUUGAUUUUAAUUACAGACGCAAUCACAGAAUUUUAAUGGCGUGCCAAAAUAAUAUUUUGUUUCAAAUUCUUUUGAAAAAUUAGUUAAUUUUUUUUUUACAAAAUUUUAAUGAAUAUGCACAAAUUUUAGUUAAUUAAAAAAUUCCGAUUAUUGUUUUAGAGGGAAUAAAAAAAACAAAGUUUAAAGAUCAGAGGUUGCUUACAGAGGUUGCUGAGUUAUUAAAUUUAGCACAAUGAUGUACUAAAUUUAUUUUCGAUAGAAAAUGGAAUUUUCCAAAUAAAGCCAACAUAAAGAAGAGCUCUAUAAACAGUAUUUCCAUUCAUUUUGAGUAGGGUUUCCAAAAUCCCGGGAUUUUUUAAAUUUCGGGAUCUCGGGAUUUAAAUAUUUCACUAAUCCUGAAUUUCGGGAUCCCGAAAAUCUAGGAUUUUAGGAUCCCGGUUUUCGGAUUCCCGGUAUUAAGAACCAUUCGCGAUCCCGGAAUCUUCGUGGCCCCAUUUUCUUCGGGAUCCCGGGAUUUUAGGAAUCCUGGGAUUUUUGGGGUCCCGGGAUUUCGGGAUUUUUCAAGUUCCGGGAUUUUCGAGAUCCCGGGAUUUUCGGAAUCCCGGGAUUUUCGGAAUCCUGGGAUUUUUGGGGUCCCGGGAUUUUCCGGAUCCCGGGAUUUUCAAAGUUCAAGGAUUUUCGAGAUCCCGGAAUUUUCGGAAUCCCGGGAUUUUCGGAAUCCUGGGAUUUUUGGGGUCCCGGGAUUUUCCGGAUCCCGGGAUUUUCAAAGUUCAAGGAUUUUCGAGAUCCCGGAAUUUUCGGAAUCCCGGGAUUUUCGGAAUCCCGGGAUUUUCGGGAUCCCAGGAUCCCGUAUUGGAAACCCUCUUUUGAGUAUUUGAGAAUUUAGAAAUAAAAAAAAAUAUAUAUUUGUAAAACUUCACCAAUUAACCCCAUCAAAAAAUACAGAUUUUUUAGAACAAAGAACUGUUCUAAAAAUAUACAGAUAUAUUUUUUUAUGAAAAGUAUUUGAAUAACUUGAAUUUAGUUUUAUAAGCACUGAUGAUUUCUUUAGGAUGAUUUCUCAGAAAUAUCGCUCCUUGGAUAUUACAGGGGCUAAGCUCCAGGCAGAUAUAAACUUUAAAUGUUGUCCCCUUUUUUUCUUUUUUCUUUACUUAAAAUUUUUAACCUGUUCAAAAAACUUACAAAAAAAGACAAAUUAUAAGAAAAUUGACAAAAUUUUCAGUUUUGCUAUAUUUCUUUUACAUAUUACAUUGUUUUUAGUUUGAAGUUUAAACAAAAGAGUAUUUAGUACAUAGAUUUCAGGAGCAAUUUGGCAAUCAAGAGCGUAUAGUUGUUGAAGUUCUCUCAUUACAUCACACGAGACCCAGAGAAAAUUUUUUUUAAUAGAUCUCUUUAAAAUUCUCUCGAAUCCCUGUACUAAAACAUUUUGCUUACAUUUCAGAUGAAAAAAAAAAUGGAAAUGUUUCAAAAUGUUCACAAUAUUAUCGUUGGAAAAGGAAAAAAACAGAAAUAGAACAGAAAAUAGAGAAAUAUAAUAAGCUUGUCGUGCGAUUUCACCUUAUAUGUACUUUAUGCACUGAUUUUAGUACAUCAUUUAAAUUUGUAAAAAUGAUGAAAAAUAUUACAAGUAAUUAAAUAAUUACUGUCUCUAGCCUCUUCUAAUCAGUAUUUAUCUUGAUAAUUUUAGUAUUUCAUGUGAAAAUCCCAUUUUGUGCUUUGAAUUGAUCUAGAUCAGUCAUAUGUACUAAAAAUGUUAAUUAUGGUGCACCUUUUUAAAUUUUUAACGUAUUUUUCAAAUCAUUUGUAUGAGUAACAUGAUCUCAUAUUUGUACUAAAUUUCAUUUCAAUUUCACGACGUUUCAGUAUCCGACGAUUUUUUUAGUACAUAAUUUCUGUGACAAAUAAAAUUACCUUGAUAUUUUCAGUAUUUCAUGUGAAAAUUCCAAAUAUGUGCUGGAAAUUGAUUUAGAGCAGUUUUGUGCUAAAAAAGUAUUAAUUGUGCCCAUUUUUUUAUUUUUAAAAUAUUUUUCAAUGCUUUAUUAGUGACCUGAUCUUUUUUGUUCUAAAUCUCAAUCUUGGUAAAAAAAAGUAUUUAACGAUUUUUUAAUACAUUAAUUCAGGAACAUAUUUAUAACCUUGUUAUUUUCAGUAUAUCAUGCGAAAAUUAUCAAUUUGUGUUAGACACUAAUUUAGAUCAGUUAUGUUCUAAAAAUUUUUAAUGAGGUGGAGAUUUCUAUUUUUUUUUAAAUGUUUUUAAUAUGGAUUUAUGAUUGAUUCUUUCUUAUAUUUUGUACUAAAUCUCAAUAUCAUUAUAAAAGUGGCCGACGGAUUUUUUUUAGUACACCAUUUUUGGAGCUAAAUAAUAUUUGGCUUUUAAAAUAUAAAAGAAUGAUACGUAUAAAUUCUAUUUCAUAUUAUGGAAUGUCAUACAAUAUGUGUACUAAAAAAAUAGCACUAAUUUAAAAUAAAAUUUUGGUACUUGAUUUAGUAUAAAAAAAUUGAAACGGUGUUUUAAAUGGCCGGUGUUUUAAAUCUCAAUAUCAUUAUAAAAGUGGCCAACGGAUUUUUUUAGUACACAAUUUUUAGAACUAAAUAAUAUUUAGCUUUCAAAAUAUAAAAGAAUGAUACGUAUAAAUUCUAUUUUAUAUUUUAUCAAUAGCGGCACAUUGGAAUGUCAUACAAUAUGUGUACUAAAAAAAUAGCACUAAUUUAAAAUAAAAUUUUGGUACUUGAUUUAGUACAAAAAAUUGAAACGGUGUUUCAAAUAGCCGGUGUUUUAAAUCUCAAUAUCGUUAUAAAAAUAGCCGACAGAUUUUUUUAGUACACAAUAAUAUUUAGCUUUCAAAAUAUAAAAGAAUGAUACGUGCAAAUUCUAUUUCAUAUUUUUUUCAAUAGCGGCACAUUAGAAUGUCAUACAAUAUGUGUACUAAAAAAAAUAGUACUAAUUUAAACUAAAAUUUUAGUACUAGAUUUAGUACAAAAAAAUUAAACGGUGUUUUAAAUAGCCAGUUUCGAGGUUCGUAAAAAAAAACAAGAUACAAAUAUUUCGUGGUACUAAAAGAAACAAAAUGCAAUGAUCAAUAAUAAGUAGAAUUUUUUUUAUUAUUUAUUUUAAAAUAACGAUUUUUUAUGAAAAUGUUCCUUUUUAUUUAUUUUUUUUAACGUAUUUGAUUGAUUAGAAAAUUGUUUUUCCAUUUUAAAUGGUUUACAUUUUUAAUCAAAUUUAUUUAGAUAUUCUUUUUUAUCAUUCUGCUUUACUAGCAGUUUUUUUUUCUUCAAAAUGUCACAAAGCACUUUUUUGUAUUUUUUUCUCAACAGGUUUUUAUGAAAUAAAUAAAAACUUUUAAAUCGAUCUCAAAUAGUGAUUGCGUCUCCAAUUUUUGCAUUUUUUUUCUUUGUGUAAUAAUCAUAAAAGUUUUAAAAAAAUCGGUGAAAAUAAAGACCUAAUAUAAAAAUUUCCUCCACUGUUUUGUAAACUUGCAAAGAAUUUAUUUAAAGAAAAAAAUCGUACAACACAAUGCAGCAUAGCUGAAGACUUUUUCCAUGUUUAAAAAGCCUAAAAUCAUUACAAAAAAAAAAUAACAUUCCCCCACAAAAAAAACUCUGUGAAAAUUAGUAAAAAAAAAGCAUUCUUAGGCGGAUUUUAUUCCUGUUCCUCAAAAAAAAUAAGAAAAUUUAGUGUUGCAAUUGUCACUAAAAGAGGCAAUUUUUAUGAUGAAUGUAGGAAGAAUUAAAGAGAGAGAGUGAGACAUUAUAGUUAUUUAGAGAAAAAAUUAUGAAGAGAGAAAAUUACAAGAGGAAUUAUUCAUUUAUUUCAUUCUUCUUUUUGUAUAAAGAUUUAUUAAAAUUGAAAUGUAACUACUGAAAAAAAA